AUGAUUAGCAUUGAUAGCUUUGACCACUUCAACUUGAUAAUUGAUUUAUUAACUGUUGUAGUCGAAUAUAGAGUAAAAUACAGUGGAACUUUGAAAAGCCGAUGGCUCAAGUUUUAUCGGAAUAUCGAGGCCAUCGGUUUAUCGAACUGUCUAUUGACAUCAGGUUCAUUUGCCACAAAAGUUGCCAGCACUCACUCCUAA